CAGUUUGAUCCGCGUUGUAGCACAAACUGGCAGUUAGUUUAUUCGCGGCGGUAUUCGAGCGUGGAUCGUUUGUGCUGGAAUCCUCACCCGGUGGCAGCAGCAGCCUCAGCAGUAUCAGAAGCCACAGAGCAAAGGAAGACUAGCUCACAGCAUUCUGAUACGGCAGUAGUAGAGUUGGUAGAGUUCUCCAGACUAUAUUCUGGGAAAACGAAAAGGAGAUUGGAACACUUAGAGUGUGUAGGCGAUUGCUCGAUCGCGAAUCAGUAUUCCGCGUAAUCGGAACAAGAGGGUGUUACAACUACAGGAAGAUUUAAUCUCCGCUGCCGUUCUGCGAUGGCACGUGCCUGUACUUGAGAAAAUAGUUUGCCGUCGAUGCAAGUGAACGAGAAAAAGCGGCUUGUUACUUUGUCUACGAGGCACACUCAGACGACAGAGCAAGUACUUCCGUAUUUCUAUUUUAGACUCGGACCACAGAAGCCGUUGUUGUCGCGCAUCGCGCAAUUUGACAGAUAAAGCAGUAGUGUAUUGUGUGCUCGUGUUUGAUGUUGUGACCGUCGCUAACAAUUUGAUCGCCGAUGCCAAUGUUCGAUCAGAAUUGAAGUUUUGCAAAUACAAAUGAUAACAAUCAUUGAUGAGUGUGAAUAACUCCAUUUCCCAGUGAAGCCUACACCGCAACAGGCUGCGGUUUCGAUCUUAACCGAGUGAACUGAGCUGAUAAACGCGAUAGCGGCCGGACAGCGUUUGAUUUUUCGUUGCUGUGUGCUGAAGAAAAAGCGAAUAUUUUAGUUUUGUUUUUGCCCUGCUCGUUCGUACACUCGCGGGAAGCCGGUCGACACGCGGUAUUUCAAUAAUCUCGUUUCGCUUCAUUACGAAUGCCAACGCCGCGCAAACGUUAGGCAAGGGCAGUGAGUCGCGUCCGCGAAGAAAGCGCGAGGAGAAAAGCGUGAAGCAUACCCCGAUCGGAGUGGAGGAGCAACAUUCGCAAAAUUCAAAAUAGCCGGCGAUCGGAGGUAACACAGAAGUAAAAGAAGCAAAUCAAAAAUCCAGAAGAUAAUAAAACAGUGAAGCAACGGUGCUAGUUGAAAAUCUUUCCAGAACAAGCGAUCGGACAUACCUACGGCUCGGUUAUUCAAGUGCAUGUGAGAGAUUGUUUGAUGAUUUAUUAGCGUUGCAGUAUCAUACUGAUAGCGGCGUUGAUUUGGUGCAGAAAAGGAAGAUACUGCGUCUCUCCCAACGAUAUCCGAUGAAUUUACGGUGUUCCAAAAAAUAACAACAAAUGUGUUUAAAUUAAUUAAAAUACAGUGAGAAAGGUGACUCCCCAAAAAUGAAAUACUUUUAAACCUAAAAAUGUUCGAAGCGGUUCUAAUCACCACGCCACACUAAAGAACGAGUGUAGAACGGAUUUUCUAACCUAUCGUGUUUCUGGAAAACCUCACGCAACGGAACAACAUUUGUUAGCAAUCGAUUCAGACCGUCGUUUUCGGUUUCCAUAAAGAGUAUGUAGUGUGAUUCCGGGAAAUCAGAUCCGACGGAAGAACAUUGAUCACAAUCGAUUGGCGCCAUCGGGACGAGUAUGUUGUGGCAAAAUUAUUGUCCAUUCGAAGGCGUCAAUUCGGAUGGGUCUUUGCGAUCUCGUGGGCUCGAUCGAGAUUUUAGCUUCAUGGAAGUACUUCCCAUAGUAAAUGUUUUCUGAAUUACGCGUCGCCUUUUGAGGGUGCGUCCUGGUACAUUGUCCCCCUUCUGACCAGGAUCCCGUCAGUAUCGAGCAAUACAGUUUUAUUUUCUCUCUGUAGUAGUAGUCAUAGUAGUUACAUUUGUGUGCAAUAUUGCGUGAGUUAGCGCGAACAGUGCAGUGAUAGAGUGCACUUUCGGACCAUUGCAGCUCGAUAACUAGUUGAAUUGAAGGAAUUGUAAGAGAGGGAAAGAUCUUUUCUAGCAAGAUAUUGCUAAAUCGGUUGAUGGUUUCGCGAGAACGCUGGAUAGUAAAGAUGUCCGAAUCAGGUUACGAGAGCCGAACUGAUAACAACGGAGCGUCCACCAGCAUGAACCCGCGCACACCGCCCAACUGCGCCCGCUGCCGCAACCAUGGUCUCAAGAUAGCCCUGAAGGGACACAAGCGCUAUUGUAGCUUUCGAGACUGCAACUGCAAGAGGUGCUGCCUGACGGUCGAGCGGCAGCGGAUCAUGGCCAAGCAGACGGCUGACCGACGGGCGCAGGUCAUGGACGAACAGCGGCUGCUGCAGGACGGCGAAGUGCCCCCAAAACCGGAACAUAACCUUCUUGUGCCGAAAUUGUGCGACCUAAAAGAAAUUAGCCACAGUUCGCAUCCGAGAACGAACGAGUGCGAUUCGUUCUCCGGCUCGAUGAACUCCAACCCGGACAGUGCGUCGGUGGCUCUGGCCCUGCACCGAAGGUCAUCACCUGGCAGAGCAACGCUUCAUCCACAGCAGCACGCUUCAGCCAACCAUCCCAGCGUAUCACCUGAGCCCGCAAACAGCAUGUUAUCAGCCUCAUCAGCGCGAGUCGGUCCAGAAUCGGGAACAGAUGACGAACUAGUGAAACGAUCUCAGUGGCUUCUGGAGAAGCUGCACUACCCGUGGGAGAUGAUGCCCCUAAUGUAUGUGAUAUUGAAAGGCGCCGACGGGGAUGUCCAUAAAGCGCACCAAAGGAUCGAUGAAGCGAAAAACAUGUUGGCCCAGAACGAGAAAACGAGCAGUCUCUUCUGGUCACGGUCACGGUCACGCUCUCAUUCGCCGCAAAAUGACGAGGGCGUACUCAACCUGGACAUGAAAUCUACCAAAGUAUAUGCCGCUAACGAUGAAGAAGCUGCACUCGAUGAAUCCACCCCGCGAUCUCAUGAUUCCGCCGAGUUACGCUCCCGCGUACAGGUUUCCUACUACGGUAGCAUAGAGCACGGUGCGAGCAGUAGCAGUUCUCAUCGGAAUGAUGACAAGUAUAGCUCGUCGGAGGACAUCCAAGUGCAGUCAGAUCCGGAAGACAGCGACAAAGUGCAACUGCAUCACGAUGCACUUAGUAAAAGUCGAAAAGCGGCGCACAAGGAUGUUGAUUAUUACGCAAUUAAGGAUAAACCCUUUCCUCCGUUAUCCAAUGGAUUCGAGUCAGCCGAACUGUUCAGGAACGGUCUUCACGUUGCCGGGUUGAACACGAUCAAUUUCACGGCAGACCUUCACCAAAAAGCUGCUGCUGCUAACUUGAUACAAUACUUUCCCGUUGCGCCAUGUCCCACGUUUGCACAGUUCGGGCUGUACCCACCGAAUCUGGUGUAUUCUCAACUGCAUGGCCUAAGUUACCAGAAGGAAGUGCUCAAGGAUCACCGACCAUCUUCUCCGUCCCGUUCGUCACGAACCUCGCUGGUUGACCCAGCACUGAUAGAUCCCAGCCAUCCGCAUCAGUCGUCUGCAGCCGUAGAAUCGGUCCACUAGUACGAGCUGCCACAUUCGGUCGAGUGGCUCCACGUCAACGGUGCUGCCUUCUAGUUCUUGGACUGGUUGGGGAACUGCUGACUAUCUAUCCUGAGAAUUAUGAAUCCAUGCAAGCUUAACCGAAAGGCCGAAAGCUUGCAUCGUGCAUCUGAUAAAGGUUUCGUGACGUCAGAGACGCUUGGCAGCCGCUCCCAUCUGUGUAGAAAAUGUAUGUUAAUCAUGAGUUUUAAACUUUACACAUUAUGAUGUAUUGCUUUCUCUCACUUUCCGAGACAAUUGUUUAUCUAUUGAUUAGAUAAAAAAAAUGUGGUGUAAGUAUUCUGGAAAAUUGUUGGCUAUGUGUAAGGUAAACAUUGAAAUCAAGCAAAAACUGUAACUUACAGCCAGCAGAAAGCGAGGAAAGGAGUGGCUCAAAUUAAAUUUGAAAUCAUUCACUUCAAGACUAUUAUGACCAAAUGAAUCAAAGCUGCGAAAACUACAAGUUUUCAUUGUGAUAACGACAACACAAGAACAAAAAGAUAACGCUGGAAAAUUAGGACUUAAUGAGGAUCGCUGAGGCUUACGACAAUCGAAAAUGAACUUCGUUUAUCUGAUUUUUGUUAAUUGUCUUGUAAGUAACAAUUAAAUUUCAUUCUCAAA